AUGGAGGAGGUCGAUCGCCGGCACAUUGCCGAUGAUUCUCCGAUGAAGGCUUGCAGAGAUCCUGCGGAUGGUGUAGGAAACAUUGCUUUGAUUAAACAUCAAGGUGCUUUGGUUAUUAGAGAAGGAGCUGUUCCAUUGCCUCAAAAAAAAAUCUACGUGGAAGGGAAAGGUAAGGCUGUUUCAUACCUGGGAGAUCAGGUAACUCCUAAAAACGUGAAAUCUGCAUUAAAUACAUCUGAUAUUUCGGCAUCUUCUUCGGGAAUGAAGAUUUUUGUUAGUCGAUUUGCGAAUUCGAAUGAAAUCCCUGGACUUGUUAACGUGUCUGUUGAUUUGCCUAAAUCAACGAUCUCUAAUGGACCUUGGAGUAGAAAGACUUAUAUCAAUUUGGAUUUCAAAGUAGAUGAUUUGAUUUUGUCUGAUGAUGUGAAAGCUGUUAAACCGAAUUCAGAAUUGGAGGAAUCAAAUGCUAAUAAAUUAUCCAAAUCUUUGGUUCUCAAAGUAUUUGGUAAAGAUACUCCUCCUCAAAUGGUGGCAUGGGAAUUAAGGAAACAAUGGAAGCAAUUUGGUCAAUUCCAUUUUACUAUCCUAGGAGGUGGUUGGUUCUUAUGUUCUUUUUCUACAGAGGAAAUGGUUAUAGCUGUGCUUUCGGGAGGUCCAUGGUUUGUGAAUGAUCAUAUUAUUGGUAUGGAGAAGUGGUCUCCGGAAUUCAACUCCUCUUCAACUAAGGGUCUUUCUUCUCCAAUAUGGAUUAGAUUGCCUCAUUUACCGCUUCAAUGCUGGGAUGAAAAGAAUGUUGCUUGUAUUGCCUCAAGAGUUGGAAAACCCUAA